AUUGAAUGUCACCGAGUCCUACUCCUUGCAGCUCAGCAACCUGAUGAUGGCAGGCACAGGACCUUACAGAGUCAUGAUAAGCACACCGACCUCUUCACUGUUUACCAGUUAUGAUCUGAGGAUCUUCAGUGUGUAAGGGCACAGAGGACGAAUUCCCUACUGGUCAGGGUGAAUAAGGCCAUCCUCUAUGCUGCAGGGGUUGGGGGCUAGAUGGCCCCUGGUAGAUUGUCCCUUGGUUUCACUCUUUUGGGGUGUCCAGAACCUCUCUUAGGUAGAUCUUUCUCGUCCCUUUUCUUAUUCUUUUUUGUCCUCUUCAGUUGUCAGCAAAGUCUGGCUGAUGGCCCUGGUUGUGGCUGGUUAAAAAGCAUCACACAACUUGCUUCUUCCUCCAUUCAGCCCCUUAAGGGCUGGAAUUGGAAGAGUCAGAAAUCUUUUCUCCAAAGGGUUGUGGAUUCCUUGCUAUGUUCUCUCCCAUUUAUUCCCCGUGUCCUCUCCUCCUGGGAUGGCCUAGUAAGACCCCUUAUUGCUAUUUUUAUCUUUUAAAACUAUUGCUUCAAGCAGAGUGACUGCCAAGGCCUCAAGUUCAAGUGGAUUCCUUCAUCUGUGAGCACAGCACCUGUAAUGUCACCUUGAGAUGUUCUGUGGAGGCAGGAGGAGAGAACACCAUAUAUGGGUGGACACCAAUGGGACCAAGGGCCAUUCUGCCCCAGGAAGGAUCAGUCCUCAGUGACUCCCAGAACUCUUGUGAUCUGAAUUGGACCUAUACCUGCACACCUAUGAAUCCUGUUAGCAAGAGUGUCUCUAGCCUCAACCUUGUUAGGCAGCUUUGUGCAGGUUCUGAGGCAGCUGCAGGCACUUUCUUCCCAGUGACAUGGACUCUCCUAGGGAAGGGGCUUCUUCUCCUUAUAUUCCUGGGGGUACUAGGAACAUGGUACAUCCAGACACAGUUUCCCAAGGCAUCUGCUGAGAACCUCCAGUUUAAGAACUACUUCUCAAAGAUUAGUUUUGAUUGCUCAACAGUUUUCUAUAAAUGGAAUCAUAAGAGACCUGUUCACUCAAAAAUGUUUAAAAGCUUGAGUAAACACCCAGACAAAGAACAUAUCUCCUGCUACACACAGAUAAUCUGUUAGCUGGCAAAGGAAGACUUCUCAACAGGGGGCUUGAGCUGAAAGGUGAAUUGCAGGACGCUUUCAAGAAAAUAGGAGGCCAGAUUUUGCUGGGUGCUUUGAAGAUGAAGAAUGGCUACAGAAACUAACCUUCUUAGCAGACAUUUUUGAUCCCACGAGCAAGGUGAAUUAAGUCUCUUUAAGGUCCUGAAGAAAAUAUAUGGACUUCGGUGACAAGAUUCUUGUAUUUAAAAGGAAAUUGAGUCUUUGGAAAAAUCACAUUGUAAAAGGAAAUUUCACACUGUUUUCACUGCUGCUUGGGAUUAGAAGAAACCAACGAGUUUCAAGUCUUACUAAAAAUGACCUGGAAGUACUAGAGAAAAAAC